UCCUUCUCCUCUUACAUCACCACCAUUAAUUCCAAACAUUUUAAUUCCUCUUCUCCUUUUCUCUCUUCAAUACAAUCCUUUAAUUCUUACAAAAAUAUCAAAAUUAUGGCUAAGGCUGGGAAACUAACUAAGCUAAGAUCAGCAUUAAAAAAAAUGAAUUCUUUUGGUAAGCUGCGACGCGAGAGCAGCAUAAGCUCUGUACCUUCACCCUCUGAUGACUGCCAUGUGUCAUCAUCUCAUAAACUUGGGUUACUUCAUACUGUUUACGUUGGGAAAUCUCUUCGUCGGUAUCAGGUUACAUCAGAUGUGCUUGAUCAUCCUGUGAUUCAAGAGCUUGUUGAUAAAUCUGACGGCAGUGAUGAUGAGACUACAGUUAUUGGUUGCGAGGUUGUUUUAUUUGAACAUUUGCUUUGGAUGUUGCAGAAUUCUGACUCUCAAUCUGAGUCUCUUGAAGAUUUAGUUAGUUUUUAUGCUUAUUAAAAAUAUAUUUUUCUAUUUUUUAUAUUUUUUUGAAAGAAAUUAAAUUAAAAUCCCAUUAAUGGGUUUUUUUUAGAUUUUAGGAUGAAUGUUAGAUACUAUCAAUUAAUAUAUUUCGCUCAUAAAAGCUAUAAUCUAAAUUUGAGGAUGGUUAAGUGACAAACAACCAUAUUCUUGUGUGAUAAAGAGGCUGCGGUCACUAAAACCCGACUCAAAUAUUUGAUACUAUAUUAGAUUAUUUGAUUAAUCUAAUAUAUCUAUCAAUGUAUAUUGUAUUAUAUAAUAUAUUAUAUAUUUAAACAUCAACUCUUGCUUGAUGAAUUCUUUU